AUGGCUCGUCUUGUCUCGCAAUCUUGUGCAGCUAGAAAGGUUGUAAUGCCUUACGGUGCAAGCAAGGGCUUGUUUCUUAGUGCCCUACCAAAGGGCAAUGUGCCACCAUCGGGUCCAAGCGACAAGGGUCACAACUCUCCUCCGGAGGAUUAUUCUGAUCAGCAUAUGGUGCCGGAAAACUCGCCGAAGAUUUACCGUCUACUGGGAUCGGUCCCUAGCCCCGGCGUGGGUCAUUAA